CUUGAGGUAUUGCAAAAUUUUUGUUGAUCUUAAGUUUCCCCUUGAGUUAGAUAUGCAGACGGCACGACACAUACACGUUAUAAUACGCAAUGACAUAAUCCAAUGAGGAGGACUUGAGAGUUGUUCAGUUACUAUGCCAAGUGAAAUUUGAAGUAUGUGUAAAUUAUGAACAUGCACCCAAUGCUUUUGACCAGAGCUUAAGACUUAUUCACCUUCCCAAGUGACUAAAUAUCAUUGUGAAUGAUGCCUAAAAGAAAUGCAGUUGACGGCGAAGGUGCCAAGUACCACAAACUGACCAGGUCAGGGGAUGAUGGUUAUAUAGAUCUACAAUUUGAGAAACCACCUCCAAAGGUGCCAUACAAAGCCAUUUUUUUGGCUGUUGUACUUUUCUCAGUAGGAAGUCUCCUGAUAAUUAUUGGUGCCUUGUUGCUAAGUGGAUACAUUGAUGCUCAGUACCAGGAUAGGACUUGGCCUGUACUCCUCAUUGGUGCACUGAUGUUCAUCCCAGGAGCCUACCACGUCCGUAUUGCUUAUUACGCCUACAAAGGCUACACAGGAUAUUCAUAUGAUGAUAUACCCGAGUUUGAUUGAUAAAUCAAGCAACAGAAGAACUUGGCAGAAUAAUAAGGACAAUUUGUUUCAUAAAGAUAUUUUUUGAAAAUUUUGAAACUUUUUCUUGAAUGCUUUAAUAUCUUGAUAUAAUUACAGAAACUAUUUGUUGUUAUUCCUUGAAAUUAGCCUAGAUAUUCUGAAUAUUGUAUUUCCCCUAAUGUACUUAAUCUAAAUCUCGCAUAUGCGAUUUAGAAAUAUUGUUAAAUCACUUAUUUUUCAUUGGGGAUAGUGUUAUUAUACUUAAAAUCUUGCAACAUGUUGUAAUCGCAGUGAAUAAAUUUUGUGUAAUAACACCAAA